UUUUAAUCAGUUUGUCGUUUUAUUGAUCUUUCUUUUGUGCUUUAAUGUGGGUUUAUUUUGAUUUCUGUUGUUAUUUUCUCUUUCUUUCUUUCUUUCUUGGGUUUUCACCCUGGCGGGGUGGAAUGCCUGGUUACUGGGCUUAUGUGCUCUGAUCUCUCACCUAACAUUACUUUUUCUCUUAUUUUCUGUUUUCUUGGAUUGCCGCGUGUUAGGGUUUCGAGUUCAGAUUUUCCAACAAUGGUUGCAUUUCUUCAAAAUCUUGAUAUACAUGUUUAUUUAUCGAAUAUUCUUUUUCUUUCCUUUUCUUUCUCAGUCUUGGCUAAGUUUUUGGUGAGACGGGAUCAGUAGUUUGAGUUUCUCUUUGUUGUAGUUAGCUCAAUUUGAGGUGCUCGAAUGUAACUGAGAUUUGUUCCAAUCUUUUUUUAUUGGUCUUUUUCUGUGAUGUCGAUUUUCUUAAUCUAAAAUAUGUUUAGAUUACCUUAUUCCAAUGGGAAUUUUAAUAUAAAUUAUAUAUUACCUGGUAACUGUUUUGUUAUUUCUUCUGUUUUUAUUUUCCCUGAUCUAAGAUCGGAAAAUAUUGCUAUUUGUUAUGGGGAUUUGUUAAUCAGAUUUUUUAAUAUUUUAAGUUCGAUCUGAUUCUCUAUAUUAUUUUCUGAGAUCUUGCAUAUUUGAAGAUUGUUCUGGUUCAGUUAAACUUAAUUCAGACGAGACUCCCUUUCUCCUUUUAUUGGUGAUUUCAAGUUUUUCUUUACUCUCUCUCUCUCUCUCUCUCUGAGGGUAUGUGGUCUCCUUAAUCCAUAUGAAUAGGUUACUGUUUAUUGAGUUUGAUCGUUACUUUAUUUGUCAUUUUAUAUUUAUAUUAUUAUCAUUUGGAGGAUGGCUAUUCUGGUUAUCAUAGUCUUCUAUAUCCGAAACUAAAAAAAUGGUGGACUUGGGUUAUUGUCUGACGACGUUGAUUGUUAAUUGAGGGCAUUUUUAAAUUUCUUGGUUAUGGAGCGGGAAACGUCAUGGAUCACUGAUCGCUUUGAAGACAUUGGGAGAGAGGUCCCUGUGGUUUCAGAGUUUGAACCUUUCUUGGAGCUAUGUGAUGAAGGCAGCAAAGAUAAUACAAUGGUUUCAUUGGAUGUUAUUCUCCCUGAUGACUUGUUGGAGCGGAUCCUAGCUUAUCUCCCAGUUGCCAGCAUUUUUAGAGCAGGUUGUGUGUGUAAAAGAUGGAAUGAAAUCGUAAAUUCAAAAAGGUUAAAUACUGCUUCACAGAAACCCUGGUACUACAUGUUUACCAGCACCGAUGAUCCUAUCGGGUAUGCUUAUGAUCCUAUUUUUCGAAAAUGGUACAGCAUCGUUCUUCCCUGUAUAGAGACAUCUAAUUGGUUUAUUGCCUCAUCAUGCGGGUUGGUUUGCUUCAUGGAUAAUGAUAGCAGAAGCCAGCUUUUUGUUUGUAACCCAGUCACAAAAGCCUAUAAGAGGCUUCAAGAGCCUCCAGGUCUGAGGUAUUCUGACUACAGUGCCCUUGCAAUAUCGGUAGAUAGGGCAUCUCACAAUUACACCAUCACAAUUGCAAAGUCUAAGCAAGUCCCAGACAACUUCUUUCAAUGGGAUCUCUCAAUCCAUGUUUAUGAUUCAGAAACAAUGACAUGGGUGACUUCUGCUACAGAGAUGUUUACAGGGUGGAGGGGUGGUGAUGAGAGUGUCAUCUGCAAUGGGGUUCUAUACUUGUUGAUUUAUGCAACUGGAGGUGGCAUGCGCUGGCCUGAUCGCCAUGGCUUGAUAAUGUAUGAUCUCUCUAGCCGAUCUUCCCAUGGUUUGCUGAUGAGGACCUUUAUCCCUGUGCCUUUCUCUCUUACCUGUGGUCGCCUCAUGAACCUCAAAGACAAGCUGGUAAUGGUGGGUGGGAUUGGGAAACAUGACCGGCCAGACAUAAUUAAGGGCAUUGGCAUUUGGAUUCUUGAAGGAAAAGAAUGGCGAGAGGUUUCUAGGAUGCCCCACAAGUUUUUUCAGGGAUUUGGGGAGUUUGAUGAAGUCUUUGCAAGCAGCGGCACUGAUGAUCUCAUAUACAUCCAGAGUUAUGGUGGUCCAGCUCUCCUUGUGUUUGACAUGAACCACAAGCAAUGGAAGUGGUCACAGAAGUGCCCUGUAACAAAGAGAUUCCCACUACAGCUCUUCUCUGGUUUUUGCUUUGAACCAAGGCUUGAAGUUGCACCUUGAUUUAUCUGAUUAUAUUCUCCUUUGAUCUAUUGGAUUGACUUAAUUAUUCGGUUAUUGUUCAGUCGUUUCCUUUUUUUGUUCUUUUUUCAUUCUCAAGAGUUCAUAGAAAAUGUAGUAGUGCAUAAAGCUCUCUAUUCAUGGAAAUGCCAAUUUCAUUCAUUGCUUUUUGGAGA